AGACUCUGGCUUGUCUGUCUGUUCGGCACCUGGGACACUGUCAUUGUGCUUCUCGGUAUAGUAUUUUUUUUCUCUCCUUCUCUGAACCAGCCGACCGGUCGGGAGUCUUCCCCCCCCCCCCUCUCUCGGUGCCGUAUCAAUUAGGAACUGGGAUUGUUUCUGUGUAAUCUGCUCUGCUCUGGCUGAACCGUUACAGACUGCGAUUGCUUCUUUGGCUUGUUCCUGCCCGCCUCUCGGCGUUCCGAUUCGGACCCUCCCCAAAGUGCAUCUGUUAGUGCGCCGCUGAGGAUAUAUCCUGUGUCCAACAGUACAACAUAGAGCAGCUGGGAUAUCAGACUAUAGAGGCGCGCGCGCGCGAGAGCGAGAGAGCAGCCGAGUGAGCAACAGAGAGGCAGAUACAGAGAGUGUGAGAGAGAUUGAAGCCGAGCAGCGAGGUAAGCUAUAGCGAGACGGCGUAGAUAGAAAAGUGAUCUUCAUAUCCUCCUCCCUUUUUCCUUGUUUUUCCUUUUUUUCUCCUCUGCUACACUCUCCUGUGCCAGCAAUUUGUUCGCAGGACUGUCUGGAACCACUGCCACCUGCUCAUCUUCCUCCUCCUCUUCCUCCUCCACCUCUCUUCUCACGCGUUACUAUCCGACAGCCAGCCAGUGAGGGAAAGACAGGAGACGCAGACAGGGCACGCAGCAGCAGCGUCCGUUUUUUUUUUCAAACUCUUGUGGGGAAUAUUUUUGAGGAACCCGAAUGAGCAUCCGCCGAGCUCUACUCCAGGAGAUUUAAGUGAAAGGCGUCGUCGGGCAGGAACUACCCCCACAGAGGCGACCCCUCUCCCAGCCACUCUCCGUCAGACGAACCCCGCUUGCUCUCCGGAGGACCAGCAGUGAUUCAACACACCACUGUGGACGGGGGGAAAACAAGGGACCUACAGUCAGAGAGCCGAGCCCCAGUACUACUACCGCUCGUCCGACUGCCUCCGCGCAACUAUUCCCUGCCACGGCGCUAAGGAUUCCAGCUAUAUGGGCAAGCGAUUGGAACAGCAACCAAUGUACCCUCAGUACACAUACUACUACCCCCACUACCUCCAGACCAAGCAGCCCUAUGCUCCACCCCCUCACCCCAUGGCUCCGCCCAGCCCCAGCCAUAACAGCUGCAGUCAUGGCGGAUCCGAGCAGCUGAGUAAAACUAACCUGUACAUCCGAGGCCUGCCCCCGGGGACCACGGACCAGGAUCUCAUCAAGCUCUGCCAACCGUAUGGGAAAAUAGUGUCAACCAAGGCCAUCCUGGACAAGAACACCAACCAGUGCAAAGGAUAUGGCUUUGUGGACUUUGAUAGCCCGGCUGCAGCACAGAAGGCGGUGUCAUCUCUCAAAGCCACCGGGGUGCAGGCUCAAAUGGCCAAGCAACAGGAGCAGGACCCCACCAACCUGUACAUCUCCAACCUGCCGGUGUCCAUGGAUGAGCAGGAGCUGGAGAACAUGCUGAAGCCCUUCGGUCACGUCAUCUCCACGCGGAUACUGCGGGACGCCAACGGGGUCAGCAGAGGGGUCGGCUUCGCCAGGAUGGAGUCCACGGAGAAAUGUGAAGUGGUGAUACAGCAUUUCAAUGGGAAAUACCUGAAAACCCCACCAGGCAUUCCAGCCCCCAACGAGCCUUUGCUGUGCAAAUUCGCAGACGGAGGGCAGAAGAAACGCCAGAGCCAGAGCAAGUACCCACAGAACGGGCGGCCGUGGCACAGGGAAGGCGAGACUGGUAUGCAGUUAACAUAUGAUCCUGCUGCUAUGCAGAAUGGGUUCUACACCUCGCCUUACAGUAUCGCCACCAACCGCAUGAUCGCACAGACGUCCAUCACGCCCUUCAUCGCUGCUUCCCCCGUCUCCACAUAUCAGGUCCAGAGUACGUCAUGGAUGCCUCAUCAACAAUACGUUAUGCAACCUACAGGUGCAGUGAUCACCCCAGCCAUGGACCACACCAUGUCCAUGCAGCCUGCCAACAUGAUGGGCCCGCUCUCCCAGCAGAUGAACCAUCUGUCCCUGGGCACUACAGGAAGUUACAUGACUGCUGCGGCUGCCGGGGCGCCUAUGCAAGGGACCUACAUUCCUCAGUACACUCCUGUGCCUCAGACAGCCGUCCCCGUUGAAGGAGUGGUCACGGAUGCUUCUCCUCAGUCGGUGGCCCCCUCAUCGCAGGAUGUGAGUGGGCAGCAGCAGCAGAUCCAGGUGGAUGGCUCCAGUGACCUUGUUACUGCUUACUCAUACCAGUCCAAAUAGCGACCGGCGCGGAGAAUAUUCCUGUGACAGCGUUGCCUUGCAACAGAGGGGUUGGCUGCACUGAGAAUGUGGAGAGAGGAGGGAUUGCUUCCAGAUUGCCCAGGCACCAAAAAAUAGACACUUUUUUUCCAUUUCAUACCUG